AUGGUUCGACGCUUCUUUUUCGGCAGCAAUUCGGCUCAGGUUGCAAGUGAUGGCGAGUCUCCUUCGCCGGGGAACUUGUCUACAACAGAGAGCACAGGGAGCACAUCGUCAGCCCCGAUCUCGCCUCCGCGAAUGCCUCCUUCACGGCAGCCUUCUUUGGAAGAGAGCCGCCGACUCCUCUUCCCGCAAGCGCUGCCUGAUGACAUCCAGGAGCCGCUUAUGCAGGCAUUUGGAGCUCUUCGCUUUGUGUCAGAAGGUGGUGACUCUUCUCAUCCCGUCGUCGAUGGAAGAACAGCACCGUCCUCACGCAGAAUGGCACCGCAGCUCGGCAUCCGAAGCGACGAGCCGCUCUUAUCGUGUUCUCGCAGCGCUCCUGCUGAAGCACCUACAGUCUCCGCACAGACGCAGUCAAGGCGGUCGUCUCUCACUUCCGUACACUGCCGAGAGCGUUCUCCUGUGGAUGAUCGCUUGCGGGACUGGCCGUGGCUCCCGAGUAGUAAGCACCGCGCGACUCACCUAGACCGUCUAGAAGGACCGACCUCGGAGAGCUUUGGGGAGUCAAGGGACAGCCAUCGCCGUUGCUCUACAGACAGCGACCGCGAGUGCGUCGAGGAUAUCUCCUUCUCUGGCUCCCGGAAACGACUUCGCGCUCGACCGCGUCAGGCUUUCCGCGGAGACGCGGCUCCGAAGGAGGGUUUGCGCGACGAAAAAGACGCAGGGAGUAAAAACAGAGCGGCUGGCUGCACGGACCGCACUAGUGGCGUCUGCUCGCCUGCGGAUGCGUGCCUCCCUGGAGCUAGGUCUAGGCGAGUGGGUGGAUUCAUCGGCUUUCUUCUUUCCGUCCUCCGGCCUUCAGAGCCCUCCCCGCCGCCUCCUGCGGCGCUGCCUGCCGCCGGUGAAGAUCGCGACCGUGCUGGCUCGGCUCCCUCGUCGCAGGCACUGUUCCCUUUUCAUGGAUCAGGCAGUUCGUCGUCGUGCCCCGCGCCGGACCGGCCUCCGUUCAUGUCUUGUCUCCACGGGGGCUCGCCCGCCGGCGCUUUCGAGGCCCCCGAAGAGGCGCGCUCCGGCGUCGGCUUCGGCAGUCAGACUGAGUCCCCUGUCUCGCCAGAGCAUUCUGCUCGCCCUUUCUUUCCGCGGAGCCCGCAGCUGACCACUGCCUUCGCGGACGCGCGCUUUCCAGUCGCGGGCGCGUGGCCGCGGCGAGCCUUCACGCACCCCGGUGGCGGGGUCAGCUUCGCAGGUCCUGUGAAAACUCUCGCGCACGCGGAUCCGCAGCCCUGCGCGCCGCACCACUCUCUGUCACCGUGGCCUUCAGCUGUGAGCGUCUACACACGGACUGCGCAGCUGGCUGACGCGGGGCAGCGCGUGCUGCGGCUUUUAUGGAGCGGCUGCUGGGUCGGAGCUUUCCUGUGGCUUCUGCUUCACCUGGUUUUCUCGCUCUACCGGGACAUCCAGCAGGGCGAAGAACAGAGACAACUGCGCACAGCUGCCGAGGCGGCGUUCUGUCGCCAACAACACCGCGAGAACGGCUGCGACACACUCGAUCCGCUUCCGCCCUACCUCCAGCAACCCUGCAGCGAGUGGAAAAACUGUCUCAUGCGCCAGCCUCAGCACCAUGGAGAACGAACGAAAAUUGUGGCUGCCGUCGUGGGCGACGUCCUCAAUGCCUUCUUCCAGCGCCUCGAGUGGCGCACCAUUGCGUGCCUGGGCCUUCUCCUGAUCGCCCUGAUCUAUGCAACGAGCUGGCUGACGCAGCCGACCGCGCCUCCGCUGAUUCCUCCCUCCGCUGACGCAGGGGAUGCGCGCAGAGGCCAGCAGCACAGCCAGCCAGCCGCUUCUUAUUCGCUGCUCGCCCCUCCGGCCCUUCCCGCCCCUCCGCACGAGCCGGAGAUGCUUCAAGCGUGGCGGGCGAGACCCGAGGUCGACGAGAGGCUGGCUGCCCAGCAUGGCUCACUUUUGAAGGCGGGGCGCCUCUCAGGCGGAGACUCCGGUGCAGAGGCGCCUCGCAACGUGCCCUGCGGCGGCGCAAGCGCGUGCUUUCCAGGGGAAGAGAUGCGAGACAGCGAAUGGCGUCUGCUGUCAGGCUGGGAUCAGCCGCGGCAGAAACGCGAGGAGACCGAGCCCCUGCAUUAA